ACAACCCACCCCACCAUGCCACCAGCAAACCUCACGACGCUCCUCUCCUCUCUCCGCGCGCCAAUCUUCAACACGGCCGCGGUGGCCUCGAACGCGCGCACGGGCGCAAAGUACCUGCGGAAAAGGCUACGCGGCCCCAGCGUGCUCAACUACAUCCCGACGUUCCCGCGGCUCAAGGACCUGAACAGCACGCACGUCUCGAACAAGUACGCCGGGUGGGAGGGCCUGUCUGGCCCCGACCAGCCCGGAGGACUGUACCAGCUCCCGAAGAGCAUGGUAUGCGCCGAGGGAUACGAGGAGGUCGAGCGCCGCGAGAAGCCCGGCCCGCCUAUCAAGCAGCGUGCGGUCGUCAAGCCUGCCGGAUGGGUCGAGAGCGACGCUGAGUACACGCGCUUUGACGACGUCGCGAAGAAGCGCGCGCGUGGAAAGGGCGCACCGAAGAAGGGCCAGGGCAGGCGUUCGCAGCUCAAGGGCGGCAAGAAGAAGUAGUCUGGGUGUCCUCGUUCUCCCCUCUCGCAGCGUCUCUAUACCAUGCAUUGCAUUGCAGUUUGGCGGGGGUUCGGCGAGGCCGGCGUGGAGGUCGAGUUGGGCGCCAGGCAUUCGGCAGGGUCGUCGGAAACUGACUGACACGGAGGCUGGGGCUUGAGGUUGGGCAUCAUGGCUGGGUCGACGG